AUGAAGGAGGCUCCGAAAAAGUCCCUCACGGCUGUGUCAGGUGUGGCUGUGCGGCGGGCCGGCAGCGUGGGCGAGCUCAGCGCUGUAGCGGGGCGGGGAGGCGGGCAGCAGGCAGGUACAGAUGGGCGGGGCUUCAGGUGCGAGUCUCUGACCCGCUUCAUCGGAGAUGUGUCCACGCAGAACCACGCGGAGGGCGCGCUCUGCGUGUGGGAGAGCCCGACCGCCGCUCUGACCCUCUGCGACGCCGCCUUACAGCGUGGGACGGUCUGCCAGCACAACUUUAUCAAAAUGCGAAACGCAUCUGCGGCCUUAAACUGUACAGAGCUUGAUGACCUGCUGCAGAUGUAUUACCUGCCAACCAUGUACAGCCUGGAAUUCUGCCUGGGUUUCCUGGGCAAUCUGUUGGUCAUCCUGGGCUACGUCUUCUGUCUGAAGGAAUGGAAGAGCAUCAACGUGUACCUGUUCAACCUGGCCGUGUCUGACCUCAUCUUCCUGUGCACACUGCCCCGCCUUGCCAACUCUUACGCCACCCGCCGCAAGGAGACCUCGCCCUUCUUCUGCAUCACCAACAGGUACAUCCUCCACGUCAACCUGUACUCCAGCAUCCUCUUCAUGGUGUUGGUCAGCGUGGACCGCCUGCUGCUGCUCCAGAACCCGUACCGCCAGAACGUCCUCCUGAGGCGCGGCUCGGCCAUCGUGGUGUCUGCGCUCACCUGGGUCGUCGUCAACGCCCAGAUUGUCCCGCUCAUCGUCUUCAUCAUCCAGGACCUGAAAAACAACAACUGGACCCAGUGCCACGAUUUCGGGAGCCUGUCGGUCUCAGAUGGCGAAGACCACCUGGCCUACAGCCUGGUCCUCACGUCGACCGGCUACGUCCUUCCCCUGCUGGCCCUCUUCCUGGCAUCCUGGCGCAUCACGCACACCCUGAAGGCGCAGGAGGGCUCCUUCCCCAACCGGGCCGCCGACUUCAGCCGGCCCCUGUGCCUGGUGGCGGCCACAGCGGCCAUGUUCUUCGCGCUGUACACACCGUACCACGUGAUGAGGAAUGUGUACAUCUCCUCGCGGCUGUCCGAGGACAAGAUGCCGGAGGAGCAGAAGGCCUGCAUCACCAGCAUCUACAUCAUUACGCGCCCCAUUGCCUUCGCCCACAGCGUCGUCAACCCCAUCUUCUACUUCCUCAUCGGGGACCAGUUCAGAGAGCUUCUGCUGGCCAGGGUGAGGGCGCUGUACCACAGACAUAGCCAGCAGACUCAGUCACUGGAACGUCAGAGCACAGAACCCUCACUGAUAUAG